GUCGUCGGAGGCGGUUCCUAACUGCGUGGCGUAUGACAAACGUCAAUUGCUUCGAUACUCGCGUGUAUGCGUAUGUCGUGCGUGUCGUUUUAUCCCAUAUAUCUUAGUGUCUCUCGACACAUCGUGUGUGAGUGUGUAUAUAUUUUUUCCUCGUCCGUGUUGUUUGAUUUAACGCAAUCUUACGAGUUCUACGUAAUCGAAAAAGUGUGAUAUAGCAGUGGCCAUGUAGAGUUACUAAAAAGAAACUGUCGUUUUUUUUCUUCUCAUUUUUUUUCGUGCUUGCUUACGCACCAAACACGCCAGAGUACAUAUCUUUUGCACUUUAUUUUUUUUUCUUCUCUUUCAACGGAAACGACGAGUUUGACGGUGGGAGGAAAAGCUUUGUGGGUACGCUAAAAUAAACGUCGUGCAAUGACUGCAACGCGGGAGUGUUACCCCAUACGGUAUCCAUCCUUGUCAACGGAAUACGAGAGAUCAGCGGGAAUCGUCGUGGUUGUGGAUUCAGGGGCUAUCGGUCCGCAGUUGCGUCUCGAGGAGGAGAAUUCGACCAGUGCGCAAGCGACGCCGUUCCCAUCGGCGUCAGUCUCGUCGUGUUGGAACAAGACGGGGAGCGAGGAUACGCGCGAGGCGACGAGUUACCACGAGACUUUUUUAUCCUCCACUUCUUCCGAUAUUGCGUCGCACGGUCAGCUUGGAAAUGCCGAAGAAAUCGUUUCCCGUCAGAUAAGCAACAGCGAGUGGCAGCAGCAGCAGCAGCAGCAGCAACAGCAGCAACAGCAACAACAACAACAGCAGCAGCAACAACAACAACAACAACAACAAAACGUCAACGGAAUCGUUGCUGGUAGAAUUUGCCACAACGAUAACGAAAAGGUCUCGAUUCGACGCAGACGAAAACGCACCAAUAGCAACAACAAUUGCAACGUUAGAUCGGAGCUCCAGCAGGAACAAAACGUCGCUGGUACGACGAUGAACGGAAGUGGAAAUCACCAACAACAUCGGGGCGGCAUGGGGAUUCAAGGACGUUACAGAUCCGUCGGUACCGUUCCCGGUCCCCCUAUCACCGGACAACACGUCAGAUCUUCGCCCUCUUCUCAUAACCGCGGUGGAUGGCAUCAACAACAACACCAAAGUCACUCCCAUCCGGGCGUACAAAUAAACCAGCAACAGUACAAGGAAUAUCCGUAUCGACAGCAAGGCCCAUCGCCAAGAUUUCACAAUGGGGAUUGUCCUGGCGUUGGCACGUCCUCGGGCCCAUCUGGCAAAGAAGUAUCUUAUCACGGUGCCGUUGGUGGACCAAGUGUCGGAUACAAACCAACACCUCAACACAGUCCCCAGUCGAGAGGUCCACCGUCACAUUUUUCGCAGGAACAGGCUGGACCACCUGCCAAUACGCCUCCACUCCACAUCAAUAUUUAUGGCCAAGAAAAUACAAUGAGAGGACCUUUGCUCAAUCUUAGUCCUGGACUGGGACCAAGCGGUGUCGACAUGGAGUACCGCAGAAAUUCUCAAGCAACGAACCAGUUACCCCUGAGUCCAGUACAAAUUCAACCGUCACCACCUUACUACAGGCAGACUAGUCAGGAUGAUGGAAGAAAGAGCGAAUCGCCAUCCAGAAAACGUCGUAGAAUAUCACGGAACGGUGCUGUGCCAGGAAUGGAAGUACAAGAACCAACUCCUGCAGCGCCGACUCCACCGUUGCACACGACCCCCGCGCCGUGGGAAUUGCCACCGACACCGCAACGUCGAUCGCCAAGAAAUCACAUGUCCACGAGAGGAUCGCCCCCGAUAAGAAAUCGUUAUCCACGUUACACGGACUCUUUCGCACUCUCGUAUCCCUUCAUAACGGGAAUGCACAAUUCUCACCCGAUGAUACAUAAUUCACAUCACAGCCUUCACAAUUCCCAUCACAAUAUCCACAACUCCCAUCACGGUCUUCACAAUCCUCAUCACAACAUUCACAACCCCCAUCAUAACAUGCACAACGCGCAUCAGACGCAUCCGCAUCAUCCGGUCGGUACGGGUCACCAUCCGACGCAAGGAGCCAACGGACCGGUCGUCGUCGAGGUUGGACAGGUCGGUGUUUCCGGUCUGGGCGUCACCGUUAGUGGUGAACCACUUUGGCAUCCGCAGGCCACUGGUUACCGAAUCCCGUGUCAACUUCACGGAAUUUACACUCCUACAGGCGCACAUGCUUUUGCUCAUUCGUGUCAGGUUGCUCAUCAUCAUCAUCACAGUCACUAUUCGGCGGCUCACCCGGGCCAUAGUCUGGUCGGAGCUGCGCCACGAGGAUAUCCAGCCCCGGCAGGUGGACCUGUUGCGGCACUACACGCACAUCCGCCACCUCCUCCCGUCCACACACCUCACUAUGCUGCUCAUCAUCAGCUAUCGCAGCAGAGAGAAGUCGAACUGGAAUUGAUGGAAUCACAUCACCAUCACCGUGUCGGCAGCGGAGGUCCACCGAUACCAAUGCCACAUUCUUAUUCCCCGCCUGCUAUCGCUCAAGUAACGACACCACCACCGAAUUUCAUUCCUGACACGCGAAAUACUCAGUUGGACAUGUUAACGAGGAGCAGAAGAAUGAUCUCGAAUAUACGCCGAAGAACGAACAGAUGGCGCGCCACGCCACCGAUUCCACCGACACCUUAUCCAGGACUUUUGUUGCAUUUCCUAGCGAUGUUCAGCAAUCCGCCAUUGUCUCCAUACAGUCAAGCCGAAUUAUCGUCCCCCGAGUCAGCGGAAACCGAAAAUUACGAGGCUCUCUUGUCCCUCGCUGAAAGACUCGGUGAAGCUAAACCACGUGGUUUAACGAGAGCCGAGGUUGAACAACUACCGUCGUACAAAUUCAAUGCUGAAACACAUCAAGGCGAUCAAACCAACUGCGUCGUGUGCAUGUGCGAUUUCGAAGCUCUUCAAUCUUUGCGUGUUUUGCCUUGUUCCCACGAGUUCCACGCCAAAUGCAUUGACAAAUGGCUCAAGUCCAACCGAACGUGCCCGAUCUGUCGCGGCGAUGCCGGCGAAUAUUUUGGCAAUGGAAGCGCCGGCAGUGACUGACGCCAGGUCGUUCAAGUUCACUAGCGCCAGAUAACGAGAGAAACGCGAGCGUCGAUUCGCAAUCAAAUGCCUGCCGUAACCCUACUCAUAUGCGCAACUAACUUUCGCCGUUGAGACACGUCACAUUUUCUUAUAUUCUUCGAAACGAAAAAAAAGAAAACAAGGAAAAACGAAUAAACCGGGAUGAAUGAUUGUUCCUCAUAUUGAUCGUUCGCGCAGGACGGAUAUCGAGCCAAAGAAAGAGGCCCACUCUCUCAAUCGAGAAAAAAAAUGCGAAAGAAAUAUAUAUACAUACACGCGCAUAACUACACACAAAUACUUUGGAGACUCGUGAGUAGAUUUCUAGGACGGUUCAAUCAAAAACAAAAUGAAUAUCGUUUUUAGCAAAAUCUUCGCUUACAAAAAAAAGAUGGGCCUCACACGUUUAACUCGAUUCUUGUGCACGAAAUUCAAGCUCUAAUGUGUAUAUAUGUAUCAAUCGUCGUUCAUAUUUGUGUAUGACAAGUUCGUUGUUAACGUCACUUUCCAUUAAUCUUCUAAGUUGUAACGCCUUCGUAGUUUAUUCACGUAUUAACGAAUUUUUAUUUCUUUUCUCACUUAUUAUUAUUAUGAUUAUUAUUAUUAUUAUUCUGAUCGUUAUUCUUAUUAUUAUUAUUAAUUCGAUUAUCAUUUAAAAUUGCCAGCACAUAGCGCGAAUACAUAGUUGCUAAAUAGAAUGUCACGUGUGUUGAGCAACUGUGUUAUUGAAUCGAUUGUUGGAAUUUUUCUGUUUUCAUUAAAUUCAAGGGCACGCUAGAAUCGUUUGUAUACAAAUACGACGUAAUAUACAAUAAUUCUGUUGCAAUAAUUUCGCUAGAUCGUAGGGAAAGAAAAGUACGAAGAACAAAAAAGAAAAUCUCUGAGGUGCUCCGGGCUGACUGGAAGAAAUACGUUGCGACUCGCCCCUGAUAAAGGCGAGGAAAAAUCGUUUUAAUGCGUACGAAUCUUAGCGUCGUUUUAUUUAUGUUUGGUUUCCUGUGUCAAUCUACCUCUCCGAAUGAACAUUUUAAUGAGGAAACAUACGAUAAUUUUUUACAACGAGAUCGAAGAACGCCCGUCACAAAUGAAAAGGGUAACGAGCUUUUCUUUUUUCUUUUUCAUUUAGGUGCUGAAAACUCGUAAAAUGUUAGGCAAAUGCAUAGACGCACGGGAUUUAACCACGAAUCGCAAAUAAUAAGGACGCUUUUGUUCAUAAAUUGCUCUUAGAUUUGGUUUUUUUUUUUUUUUAAAUAAUUUAAGCAAUAAACAACACGUGCUCUACAUAUUUUGUAUAUAUCAAUGCUUACGUUCUUUACGAAUGAAAUUCGCGUGAUCGAAAUUAUACAAAUCUCAUUGGUACGUCACAAUUAACGGCAACCCUCGUUGAUUUGUAUAAUAGGCUUAUAAUCGUCUUUCAGAAUAUAAACACAUAUACAUAUUAUUUUUGUCUCAAUGUGGAGUAGAGUGAUUUUGUGAUUUAUAAUUAAAAAUGAAUAAUAAAAAAGCCUAUGAUCGUUAAUGAGUUAGAAAAAUCGUUGAAAAUGGAAAAAAGUGAUUCGCGAUACGAGCACCAAUGAUGAAUAACUCAAACAACGUUUUUGAGCUUAUAUUCUCGACGAUCGAAGGAAUCUCAGAGAUGAGAUGUAAGGUGAAAUUUUUCACGGGGUAAAACGGAACAUUUUAUACCAGAUUAUAUGUUCGAAUUUUCGCGACUUUGUUAGGGAAAAUUAUAAUAAUAGUGCGUCGCAAUAAUACAAGCAUGUAAAAGACCACAUAAAAUUUGCAUUCGUUGAAUAUUUUCCAGUCCGAAGAUAGGCAUGAAGAUCCUUCUUGUUUUUAUUGUCAUUCGUUAUUGACUUAUUGAAAACGGCUUCUUAAAUUAUCUAAAAGUGUUUCAAUUAUUUUACGUACGCAACAAUAAAAAUCAUAUCGAUAGGCUUUUCAUUUCGUACAAUUGUUUUUUUUUUUUCAAGAAUAAAAAAUAAAUGAACAAACGUUUAAUGACGUUAUUGACUUUACUAAUUCGAGUUAAUAAUUCGAUUGAUAAACGUGCAAUUCCCUGUCGAUCGCAGUAUCAAUCAAAACAAUGAAAUCUUCAUUAUCUUUUUUUUUUUUCUCGUUACGAACGUGUGUAAUGCGCAAUCGUGUUUAGUGCGCAAUCGGCUACGUUACCCGAGUGUUUUUUUUUUUGGAAUCUAUAUAACCUUGCGUGAUCAUCCAGACAGUUUUUGAUACGUCGACGAUGUUGAGUUCCAUUUUGUCCUAAUUUUUUGUUCUCUCUCUCUUUCCAUCGCUCGUUUUCUAAUGGUGCUUUGUUCUCUUAUUCUGCGGCGUAACAGUGAAAGAAAUGAAUGACACUAGGCAGGUUGUUUUUAUGUAUACUUUGUUGUGCAAAUCAUCGUACGAUGAGAAUUGGAUGAAAAAAAAGAAAAAAAAAUAAAUAAUCAGUAUCCAGUGACCAGUGUUCGUUUACGAUGUGAUGCUCUUUUCUACGAGUAAGGGAUUGGUAAUUUCAAUGAAAAUUCGUGUUUAAGAGAGAAAGGGGAUAAAAAUCGUAAAAAGUAGGAAGUAUAUAUAUAUAUGUAUGAAUAAAAAUUAGUAAACUUGUAAAUGUCGCAAUUGGAAGAAGAUAUUUUCACUGCAAAAAAGCGUCCCUCUCUGACGAGACUUGACAUGUAAUAUGUAGAAUUCUCGAACGACUCAGAGUUUACUGUAAAUUAUGUAUAACUUCAUUGCCAUCGCCAUUAUCGUUAUACUGUAAAAGAUUGAGUAUCAAUGUCGAUUAAUAAUUAUGAAUUAAUUACCGCUGCUACUGCUACAUUGCACUUACAGCUGCUGCUACUACUAUUAAUUACUAUUACAUCUCCACUAUAAACUAUUACUACUAUUACAGACUAUUACUAUUACUAUUACAUCACUACGAAUUGAUUACUUACGAUCGGUACGACUGUAUACUACGUGGUUCGUAGUCGUUUUUUUCUAUUUUCAAUCAUUGUAAGUAAACGUGGGCUGAAGUUUAAUUUUUUUUUCGUAAGUUAACAAUUGUUACUACAUUUUGUCCAUUCUAGCAAGUUUCAAUUUAAAUUGGCCCAUGACCGCUAAACAUUUUAUCAAUUGUUCAAUCGAUUCGAAUAUUUGACGAGUAAAAAAAUUCAUUCUCAGUAUUCGGUGACUGACAGCAAAUUCAUUUUGACAAACGGUAAUACGUUCAAGCUGAAUAUUUGUUUAAACUUUUUGUCUUUUUCGUCGAUAGCAGGAUCUGAGAAAAAAAGAAACAUUCAUCAAUCUCACUUUUCCUACUUUUCCCAAUCUCUUUCAGCAGUGUAACGAUUGUACAGACGCAACCAUAACGAUGCCAAACAUUACAUGUUAUUAUUAAUGUCACUAUUAAUUAUCAUUAAUCGCUAUUAUUAUGAAAGAAAAAGAAACGACAAAAAAAAAUACGAAUUACACAAUUUUUUUCAUAUUAUGUUUCAUGUGUCUGUUUCUCUCAAUUUCUCAUUUUUAAUCACGUCUGAGAUACAUAUACGUACAUUUUACGUAUGGGAUAUGCUGACUCAGUCAAGCUUGAAUUCCUUUUUAUUAUCCUUCAUUUAGGGUGUUGAGAUAACGAUGUUUGAAAAAUUACUGAAAAAUUUGGAGUCCUCCUAAAUGUGGAUGAAAUUUUUCGAGUAGAUAAAAAGAAUCCUUCAACGGAAUAUAUGAAUUCUUGCAUAUUUUGAAAUAAUUUAUUAAUUCACGUCCUCCCCUUAAUGUUAAUUUACAACGUGAAGAAAGUUGGAUAGCUCAGUCGUGGCAUGGUCCACGUGCCAGUUUUUAGUAUUUUACGAUAUUCAAAUUUAUUCCUUCUAAGGGAUAAGCGAGUAGAAGCUCAAAAAAUCUCCCACUUUCAUUCGUGAGAAGCCAUCUUAGUUUCGUUCUUAUACGGGAGCGAAAUCCUCGACUCAAGUAGAAUUUCUCUAGGGGAGAAAACGAGUGACACUGUGAGCCUGGAACGUUUGGCUGAAUAUUUCUGAAGCUGGAGUAUCCAUACUUGACGUUCACUCCCCUAUGGAAGAGGGUCGGAAACCCGGGAGACUCUUCGGUUUUUCCCAUUUUUUCAUUUCUUCUUUGUUUCAAGCAAUUCACGUGCAAAAGAAAAAAAAAAAAUGUUCGAAGAGGACUUUUCAUCGUACGAUUCAAUUUCGCUCUUUAAGGCCGGUCGCGUUGGAGCUUGCAAAAUGACAGCUCCUCUUUAAGUCGUGCCGUUCGUCGGCGCAAAAAAGAGUAUCCCCAUUCAGAACAUUAAUUUUUCAGAAACACAUGAACAAUCUUCUUUCAUUUCAGAAGGUCCCUUUUUCAAAAAGUUUUACAAUAUUCCAAUGUAAAUUUUUUGUUUUGUCGAUGAUAUGUUGACUUUUUCAUUGAAUGAGAAAAUAGUGAAGGCUUUGCUGUGACAUGUGAGAAAAAAAUAGCACGAAAUGGUGUGCUUAUUUUUAAAAGGGAAACAACUGUUUUUGAAUUUUGCUCUUUCUAUACACUUCCCUGUUUUUAUACGUUGAUGGAACGGUGGAAAAAUGAAUAGUAUAUUUUGGAACCCCAAUCGAAUUUUUCGUGCUGACAAGCAUUGUCAUUUCUGUGUGCAAAUAGAAAAAAACUUGAAAUGUAUUGGUCGCUCAUACUGUAGUUAAAUCUACACAGAAUUUUCCACAAUUUUUAUAUGAUAGAUCGAAAAAGUAGUGUAAAGAAUAAAGUAUACUAUGGAAUUUUUAGUCCUGACGAUGGAGCGAUGCAAAUGAUUUUCUGAAACUCGCGUAUCUCAGUAGUCUCACUAGAUUAUUACUAUUUUAAAACAUCAGCAUGUUCUCGAGUAUAGAACUGUUCUACGUAGGUAAUGAGAAGCUUUGCUCGAACUAUCGCCUUUAUAGAAUCCCCUGAGGCCGUCGGGAUUCACGACCCUCUCGUUGUACAGUACAUAUAUAGCCAUCGGAGUCUAGAUGCACGAGGGAGUCGACGGGGGUUUGGACCGAGCCGAAAUCAAUUCCCUCCGACAUCGAAUCCCUAAAGCUUCUCGCUAAAAUAAACGCUGGGCCUAUACGUUUUUUUAGGAAGCUUCAAAUUUCUUGUAUCACACAACAUCUCGUCGUUUCUCAUUUCCUCUCAAUCUAGCAGUUCAGCAGUAAAUCGAUAGACUCGCAUGAUGGCCUGUUUACACUGCACUUCCAAAAAACUUCAACCUUUGGCUCAAGCUAUCGAUUUUUCUUCGAACCUCACCGAAUAUUUUCGCUUUCGUUUUCAAGGUAUUUCAGCUGCUCAUAAAAACGAGAUUUCGGCCCAUAAUGCGAGCAAUAAAAAAGGUCACGAGUCAAGCAUAACUCUGAUUAACUUUGAUUCCACAUCUUUGUAUUGCAAAGUCAAUGUAUUUGCGAGUGAAAUGAAAAAAUGACGUAGGCAAGUAAGGGGGGCUUCUAAAGAAAUAUAAUUCCCAGGAUAUACGAUGAGACCGGUUCACCAAGAUGAAUACGACGGUGAAAAAUCCGAUAGAGAGCAGGUCCCUGAAACGUGUAACAUGAUUUGCAACAAUCAAAUGUUCCAAAUUUCAGAGUGCUCUGGGAAAAUGGAUAGAAAAUAUUUUCAAAAAAUCUAAUCUUUUUUCAAACUAAAAUAAAUAAUUCUUUUAAUAUUUAUAAGCCACUGUUGUGUAUCAAAAGAUUUGUAUAGUGCUCAGAGAUAAUUCAGAGAAUGUAGAUUACCUAAAUACAUAAAUAAAUAUGUAUCUAUAUGUAUAUGUAUGAUAAAUUCAUUGUACAAAGAAGCAAUAUCUUCUAGUUUAUAUGGAUGAAUAAAUCUAGUUCACGCAAUAAAGAGAAUACACACAAGCUCAUGUUAAACCUUAGAGAUUAACUAUUUACGAUUGAAAGCAAUUGGAUAAAGAAUAUAAGUAAAAUAUAAAUACUUUCGAAGAACUGUA